GUAAACACAAUCACUUAGCGAGUGUUUUGAUUUUUAUUGUUUUCUAUUAAAUUAAUUAAUUGAUUGAUCUCUUUUUUUGAUUAAGUGUAUUAUUAACCAUUUGUAUUAUAAUAGGUUCAAGUGUUGAUUAUUCCAAAAAAUGAAGCUUGUCAGAUUUUUGAUGAAACUUUCAAAUGAGACUUUAACAGUCGAAUUGAAAAAUGGAUCAGUCAUUACUGGAACUGUUACCGGUGUUGAUGUUGCCAUGAAUACCCACAUGAAAUUUGUAAAAGUUGUUCCACCUAAAGGAGGUGAUCCUAUGAAAUUGGAAGCUCUAUCCAUAAGAGGUAACAAUAUAAGAUACUUUUUACUGCCUGAUGCUUUACCAUUGGAAACUUUACUGGUUGAUGAUACACCGAAAACAAAAGCCAAGAAAAGAGAAGCAGCGGCUCGAGGUCGUGGACGAGGACGUGGCCGAGGAAGAGGCCGUGGUGGUCGAGGCGGCGGAGGACCCCCACCUAGAAAAAGAACCAAUUAAACCUCUAACCAAAUGAUCAUCUUUAACUGAUUUAAUCAAUUUUAUUGUAAUACAUGUUUGCUGAUGAACAAUAAGAAAUAGAAUUGAUUUCUUCGCAAAAAAAGAAAGAAAGAA